AUGACAUCGGCAGCGCCAGAGACUAAGAAGCCCGCAUUUUCAUAUGCUGCAGCUGCUUCUGGCAAAUUAAUCCCAAGCAAAUCCGGAGUGUCUACACCAGAGGAAUCGAAGAAACCGGUAGAAACCGGCAAUGCCGUGGAUGCCAAGAAGGACAUUGACACUCUUGACUUGUCAAAAUUAAAUAUCAUUGACGAAUCCAUAACUGCUUCUAAAGACCAGACUUCAGAUUCAUCACCUCAAAUAAAUGGUGUCACAUCUGACACUAAGAGCUCAAGCAGUGUCAAGGCCGCUGACGCCCAAUCCAUACAAGGGGAGCUAAGCAACAAAGAAGAUGACGGUCGAAGUAUCACAUCAGCUCAAGAAGCUGCUGGAAGCACGACUGGAAAUGACGAUGGUGACAGCAAGAGUGGGAAAGAGACAAGUUCUGAUGGUAAAACGAAAUUCAAAACCCAGAACUUGGUUGAUGCACCCAUACCAAAACAGAACCCUUGGAUGGUACGAAAGGAAGCUUUUGACCGAACUAAGGCCAUGCAGGCUGAGACAAAGAAGACUCAGCCAGUCAUGAAUGGAACCUCGUCGCAGGAUAAAGGGAGUCAGACAUUCGGAAACGACAGGAGACACAAUAGACAGAAGUCACUUGCUUCAGAGAAUAAACCUCCAUUCCAGCCUUCCGGCGGACGUCGAGACGGAUCUAAUAUUCCUGAGAAGCGGGGUGCCCCAGAGGCCGCAAAAGACGGCAAGAUAUUGUCCCAGAUCGAGGAUAUCUCGCGACGACCAACCAACCGCGGCAAGGGACAACAGCAGGAUGAUGCUACAACUGGGGAUGUGGCCGCAUCGCCUGCACCACCCUCUAUGACUGAUAAAUCCCUGUGGCCAACCCCUGAGGUCGCCCAAGAUGAAGAGAAGCGCGAGAAGCGCGAGAAGGAGGAGAAAGAAAAAGAAAGGGAGAAGGAGAAGCCCGCAGUAUCCGGUGCUCGUCCGACAAAAGACAAGUGGAUUACUAUGGCUGUCACGCCAAAUAUCAUCUACGAUACUCCUUUGCCCACACGUGGUUCUAGAGGACCAAGAGGAGGACGUGCCGAUCGUGGUGGAAGGACUGGUGCCCAGGGCCCACCCAGGGCCACUGAUACUGAGACUAGUACAUCGCCCACUGAAGCAGUUGCCGCCACUGGAUUUGACAAGUCUCGAAGCUCACAGACUACAUCUGAGCCAACAGCUGAGGAUGCUGUUGCUGUUGAGACCGCUGCAAAGAAGGACACGACCGAUGUCAAGAAGGAUGUUGCUCCACAAGUUGCAAAUGGUGUUAAACAGAAUGGGCCCACAUCAGAAGAGUCUCAAGAAAAGGAACGCAAGCCAUCUCAGGCCAACGACGACGGAGCAUUCGUUGGUCAAGGCGUUCUUCCGCCGUCUACCAUCCGCCCGAAGGCAGACAAGCCAACAACAUAUGCCACGCGCGAGCAAAAUACCCACAACCGUGGAGGCUACACUGGAUCUUUCAGCCAGAAGCAGGAGACUAGCGAUGCCAAUGGUACUUCUCACAACACAUCUCGGGACCGUCCCGCUGGCCGCGGUAACUUCCGUGGAGGAAGAGGUGACAGUAAUUCGUUCGUGAAUCAUUCCAAUACCCGAUUCAACGGCGGCAACUCGAUUCGCCAUCAUAGUCCCCCUUCCCAAAUCAACACCAACGCUCAACGCCAGUCUCCACAAUACCCGUCAUCGCCAUCCACUCCACAAACAGCUCGUAGUUACAGAGGAAACAAUAGCCGUUCGCAUAGUGUCACCCAACCGCAGCAAUUUGGGAAGUAUGGCAUGCAAAAUGGUUACCCUCCCCAGUCACCUUUUGUUCCGUCUCCUUCGUACUACAACAACCCUUAUUACAACAAUAGAGGCAGUGUCAGCCAGGGUGUCCCCAUGCAUCCAGAUUAUGAGUUCACAGCUGCUGUCCAGAACGUCAUGAACCAACUGAGCUACUACUUUUCCCUUGACAACAUGGUAAAGGACACUUAUUUGCGUAGCCACAUGGAUAGCCAGGGUUGGAUCUUCCUUGAUAUCAUUGCCGGUUUCCGCAAAGUCAAGGAGAUGACUAAGGAUAACAAGAAUAUUGUCCGAGAGGCCUGCAUUCAAUCACCGGAUGUUGAGUUCCGUGGGUACCACCCCGAUGGUCGUGAGCGUUUGAGGUCCGCCCGCAACCCUAGCGAGUGGACUCUUAAAUAUGAAGACCGCGACGAAAGCUGCCGACAUGAAGGCCCCUAUUGGACGGAGAACCGAUUUGCAACAGCCCCUCAGUACAGUCCCUACCCAAUGUACUUCCAAGGCCCGACCAUGCCUCCAAUGCCAGUAGCUGGUCCUACCGAUCAACAAUUCCCUCCAUACAAUGGCUACCCCCCUCAACCACAUAUGAUGCCCGCCUUCAUCCCAGGCCAAGAGUUUGUUCCCGAGAAUGGGGCAGCCUAUGGAAAUGGGUUUAUUCCUCCUUACCAACCCUUCGCUCCGGCACAUGAAGCCCAACCAACAAAUGGGCAUUCCGUUGAUGAGAGCGUCCCUCAAGCCGACAAGGGCGUCCGUUCACACAAGAAGUACCCUACGGUCAAUGAGUUCCCGGAUGAUAAGAUCGAUCAUAUUGUUUUGGUGAUGCGCAAAAGCGCCACCGGGACUGAAGCAUCCGCGCAGCCAACUGAGGGAGAACAGACCCCAAGUCUCAUGGUUACCGACCAGCUCAAUGAAGCCUUGGUUAAACUUGAAAGCGGUGAAGUUGAAAGCCAGAAAUCCAAGGAAAACGAUGACGGCCUGGUAAAGUUCUAUCCUACUAGUCCUAGGCAAGGACCGCAAGCCCACGGCUCUGUCUCUAAAUUGAAUGACGAGGUUGGAUGGUUUGUUGAUCCCGGCGUCACCGGAGAGGAAGCCCGUGUCCCUGGAGUAACAACCUUUACGCUUCACGCCUACUCCAGCUUCAAGAACAACGUCCUCAGCCGUCGCGACAGCAAAUCCGGCAAUGUUCGUGAACUAGACAUCCUAUACCGCUUUUACAGCCAUUUCCUCCGCAAACAUUUCAACUUGAACAUCUACAAUGAGUUCAAGAGUCUUGCCCUUGAGGACUUCCAUGCCGGCCGCGCGACAGGCAUCGAGUACCUUUACAAAUUCCACGUUUUCAAGAUCCAGAACUUCCCAACUCCAGACCUCUUCUUCCAGGAUUUCGCAACUUUUUCCAGCGAUCAAACCCUUGACAGACCACCCUAUGACAAGAAGAUGGUUGAUGCUGUUGGAUACAGCAAAACUAUCACAGGUUCUACCAAAACUAGACUCGGGAGAUUCAUGCAGGAGAAGAAUAAAAAUUUCCAGAUGUGGCCUAUCCAUACCCACCACCACCACCGCGACAAUCACUAUCACUCCCACCAUGGCGGGCGCCAUGAUAACCACAACAACCACGGACAUCACCACCCCAACAAUCACGGCAACAACCAUGGCAACAACCACGGCAACAAUCAUGUGAACAAUCACUCCAAUAACCAUGGUGCUAAUGGGGCCUCUAUCCGCGCCUAA